AUGUUUGAUUCGAUUGUAGGGUGCAUUUUACUGGAUACAGACGGGAACAGGAUAGUAUCCAGGUAUUAUGGGAAUCUGGAUAAUGUUGGGUUGAUAGAUCAUGCUGCUCAGAGGCAGUUUGAAGGGCAACUCUACUCAAAAGGACAGAAGUUUUCUGGAAAGAGCGAAGCAGAAGCGUUGUUUGUUGGAGAAAUGUUGUGCUUGGUCAAAUUCGUCAGUGAUUUCUCAAUAUAUGUUGUUUCUUCUCCUUCGGAGAAUGAGCUCAUACUUUUCGAUGUAAUAAACUGUAUAUAUAAUUCUUUAUCUAUAAUAAUUCCGGGCCAAUUAUCUAAAAAAGGCUUGUUUGAAUCCUUAGAAACCGUACACUUAAUUCUCGAUGAAGUAACUGAUAGUAGUGGAAUCUUAUUUGAGACUGAAGCCGGAGCAGUAUGCCAAAGAGCUCAGAUGCAGGGAAGUGAAGCUUUGGAAAAUACUGCAUUUAACCAAGCAUUCGCAUCCGCAAAGGAAAAUAUUAUGAGAGGAUUCUUAUAA